AUGGCAGAAUUACCACCGCCGCAACAGUUGGUUGAUAUUGACCCAGAUUUCGAGCCGCUCUCUCGCCCCCGGUCAUGCACCUGGCCUCUGCCUCGACCGGAGUUCAUCGAACCGGCCAGCUCGAACACAUCUUCACCGGCGCCUUCAGUCAAGCAGGAGCCUGUCGAAUACAUUAGGAACCUCAGUUUGUUAGAGGAGUCAGAGGACUACCCGGAGGAUGAGAAACCGCUCGUUUUGUGCAAUGAUUUUCAAUGCCAGGAGAAAUGUAUACACCAGCAACAGCAGCAACAACAUCAUCCACAGCAGUUACAGAAGCACCCGGGUACUCUGCUGCCACACCAGCAACAGGUGCCCCCGCUCUCGUCCCCCGUCGGGUCGAAUUCGGUGGCCUCCGCCGCAGCCGCGCAGAGGAAAAGCAGCUCGUCGCGUCGGAACGCGUGGGGGAAUAUGUCCUACGCGGACCUCAUCACCAAGGCGAUAGAGAGCUCACCCGAGAAGCGGCUCACCUUGUCUCAGAUCUAUGACUGGAUGGUGAAGAGCGUGCCAUAUUUUAAGGAUAAAGGUGACAGUAAUAGCUCUGCAGGUUGGAAGGUAAGCAAGCAAAAAGCAUCCAUUCGCGCGUAAUAUCUAAUAUGACAUUAUGUAGGCCUAUUUUAUAACCAUCUUGUUAUGAAUUAUCCCCUGAAUUAUAGGCUACACUGUGUCAAGUCAACUAAAUUAGGUUCAGAAUGCAAAAAAGGCCCACGUCAUUAAUUCACUAUGUGCCACAAUGUCCCGCAGUGCAGAAUCAUGGAUAGAUAUGGGGUAUUUGGAGAUCACGGGGCAGUGAUAAAAAAAUACAAAUGUGUAUCUCAGAUCGAUUGUCUAGGGCCAAGUUAACCUCCCCUGAUGUAAGAAAGUCAUUACCAUCAUGCUUUUAGGGAAAGAGGAUCAUUUUGUAGGCCUACAUGUAUUAAACUGGAGUUUGACCAAUUCCAGUCCCCUUGCUAAGUGGGUCCGUGGUCCUCCCUGGGAUACUUUUUAUGUAGAAGGAAUGAGAAGCUCAGUUCUGGUGACUUUUUAAAUGGACAUUCUACUCCAAAAUGAAUGAAAAUUAUGCUGACACAUAGAGAUAGAUAGAGGACUCAUCUUUGUAUAUGUUACACUAUAGCAUCUGUGACAACAUGAACAGCACCAUUGAGGCUAGCCCCUUUUGAAGUAGUCAAUUUUCUUCUCCACGAUUGGCUGAUCCCUCCUGAUGACCCCUCCAGGGUCACCAGGAGGGUCCAGUCAAUGAAGUUGGAAGUCCCACCCAGUUGACUACAUUAAAAUGGUGGAAACCCUCAAUGGCGCUGCCCAUGCUAAUUCAACCUUUUGGUCACUAGAGGCCUCUAUCAUUCUCUAUCUGCUGACACCAUCUAAAAUAUAAUUUCCACCUCCAGAAAUGAGCCCAAUAACAUAUUGUUAAAAAUUAUGUAAAAAUUAUUUUGGGGCUCCCGAGUGGCGCAGCGGUCUAAGGCACUGCAUCUCAGUGCUUGAGGUGUCACUACAGACCCCCUGGUUCGAUUCACAACCGGCCGUGAUUGGGAGUCCCAUAGGGCGGCACACAAUUGGCCCAGCGUCGUCCGGUGUAGGCCGUCAUUGCAAAUAAUAAUUUGUUCUUAACUGACUUGCCUAGUUAAAUAAAGGUUAAAAAUAAAAUUAAAAUAACAUAUUGGACCAUGCAUAUAGCCUAUGCAUGGUCUAUAUUAUCAGAUGUGCUAUUAGCAAUAAGCAUUAUCACCUGUAGGCCAACUGAUGCAUUUACCCCUUUGGACACAACAUCCUGAUUGCUGUUAUUACAUCCUUAUUACAUUGUUGUUAUUAUUAUUCAUAAUGAUUAUUUUAUUAUAAAUAUAAAUACAUCAUUAUUCAUUAUUAGUAUUCACUCGAAAAAUAUAUAUUUUUGGUUUCUAUUACGCUCAACAGUUUCCCGUGUGUAUCAAGAAUGGUCUACCACCCAAAGGACAUCCAGCCAACUUGACACAACUGUGGGAAGCAUUGGAGUCAACAUGGGCCAGCAUCCCUGUAGAAUGCUAGCAUCCCUGUAGAAUGGUUUGGACACCUUGUAAAGUCCAUGCCCCGAUGAAAUGAGGCUGUUCUGAGGUAUACCAAUGUUUGGUAUACUCCGUGUAUGUCAUUCCCCUUUUAAGACGCAAUUGCCCCUUUAAGAGCUCUUGAGUUUAGAUAAUUUGGCUCUGUUCACCUAAAAGAGCUGUUCAUUUGGCUCCCAAAUGGCGCUUCGUUCAGUAGUGCGUAGAAAUGUAUCUAAAACCUGCACUGAGGAAUUACCAUCAUCAGAGAAUGAGUUUUUAUAAUUUAUCUGAAGAUAAUCAAUGUCUGGAGCUCAAAGAGCAACAGUAACAGUAUGCAAAUCAGGGAGCCAAAUUAUGCGAUUUGGUUCCCGACGUUCACCAAAAAGUGCACCAUGCCUGAAACGCCGGUUGAAAAAAGUGCUAGCAAAGGAAAACUUGGAUCCCCCUCUUUUUUUUACCAAAGGCCAAAACUCUUUUCAAAAUACAUUAGCCAAAACUGCUUUUAAAAGUGUUUUCCCAUGAUUGCAUUAAGAAUUGUGCAUUGACUGCUUGUCCGAAUACGUUUCCCUCCCUAUGGCUCUCGCAACUUGAAUGCACCUCAAGAGGAAUACUUCUCUCACAUAGAACACACAACAAGAAGCCGACUAGGUAAAUAAGUCAACUAUUCAACUAUGGGGUUGUCUGAUUUUAUUUAAAUAACAACAUUACAUGGCAAAAAUAUUAGCACUGGAAGUUGCACCUGAGUGAUAAAGUAUAGGCUUUGUAUUACUUUACCAGCAGCUACAGUAGGGCAGACUACACACCUCUGUUUGAGUUGAGCGCCGUGGUUAUUAUUACAGACUAUUUCAUUCCCUUUCAACAUCAGAGUGUCAGCAACAAGCAUGCAUGUCAGUUCAGUGCACACAGCGUAACAGAGAAAAUUAAAUAUUUGAGAAUACAUUUAUUUGGGAAUAUAUUUUGUUGAACAGACAUGCUUCUGUAUUAGGCUAUGUCAUCUCCAAACCAGCCCACCCCCCCAUCCCCCCGGAGAUUUUAAUUGCAGAUCUACACUGACCUCAAAAACGACAUCUCCAGAAUCCAUAUGAUGGAAAUCUGUUGCAGUGACGGAGAGCUUUAAUCCCUGUGACAACUUCCGAGAAGUUUACUUGUUUCUCAAAGCUGGAGUGUAGGCUAUUCAGAGAGGUGAGACGCUCUGAACAUAGCAUAUAGAAAUAGAAUGAAUAGAGCCAACACGAUUCCCUAAUCUAUCUAGAUAAUUCUAUCUACACAGAGUGAAGAUUCUGAUGAUUCUGUUCUCACAGCUGAUCUUUUCCAGUGAAGAGCACAUCUCUCCAUUAAAGGUGGACCAUCUUGCUUAUCAUACAUGCUUUAUAGAGCAUUCAUAAACUAUUCAUAAGUACUACACAGAUGCUUCACAAAUCAUCUAAAAAUACUUAUCUAUGGUAAUACAAUUUAAAAUAAGGCAUUCAUAAAUGGUUCGAUUAAUGUUACAUCUAAGGAUAAUAAUAGGUGCCUUCUCAAAGGCAAAGGUAACUGUGUAAUUGUAACUGUGCAUUUAUAACCGUGUCUCUCAUUCACCCCACUACAUAGCUGAAGUUUUAGCGUAGCAGUCUUGCGGCUGUUAUGCUACUCUAAUGGACGUCAGGCGUCCCUCCCUUCUUCAGGAUAAAAAUAGCUGUGGAGGGUUACCUGUAUCUACCUGUGAGACAGGUACUCCAGAGGUGUGUUCCAAGACGUAACAGUCAUGGUCUGCCUACGCGUGCCGCGACAGAACGUCUGCCCUCGUUCCCCUUGAGACAGCGCAGUGUCAGCAUUCCAUGCGGUCAUGGGAUGUUUCUGUGGAUCCACUUUUAAGAUGUAGCAGUGGGCAUGUGUGUCAGAGAGAUCAAAUCAAAUUUGAUUUGUCACAUGCGCUCGAAUACGAUGGGUGUAGACUUUACCGCAAAAUACUUGCUUAUGAGCCCUUCCCAACGAUGCAGCGAGAACGAAAGAGAGAGAGACAGAGAGAAAGAGAGAGAAGGAAUAAAGAGAGAGACCGAGUGACAGAGAGAGACAGAAGGAGAGAGAUAUAUAUAUAUAUAGAGAAAGAAGAAAUAGAGAGAGAAAGAGAAGGAAUAGAGAAAGAGGAGAGAGGAGGAGAGCAGCAGGUUCCAGAGAUCAGGCUCAAAAAGCCACCUAGGGGCAGUGUGAUUUAAAUCUCUGUAUCAACGCCGUGUCACCAUGCUGUGCUGGUCCAUUGGUUUUAGAUGAUGUUUUAGAUUUAUAUAUUGACAAAUGACUGAAUGUGUAACAACUUGCGUUCUGCCUGAAUUGUGUGUCUGUGUCUGUCUGUGUGUGUCUGUGACUGUCACUGCAGUGGAAGGAAUGCGACUGGCAAACCCCCUGUCCAUAUAAUCUUAUCCAUUGUGAUCUUAAAGGCAAAACGUAUCCUAAAUCUGCACUUUUACUCUGAGACGCUUGAUAGGCUACCUACAGCCUCUGACUAGGGUGAGUGACGGCUCUAAGUGUGAGGUUGGUAGAGGAGAGGGGGAGAGAGAGAGAGUCUGUCACUGGAGUGUAAGGAAUGCGACUGGCAAACCCGCUUUAUAGGCACCGUGCCCAUUUGGGGUGGCACCGCACUCUUAUUGGCUGUGUAUGUGUGUAGUCCGAGUUUUACCCCACCCCAUUAGAAUCAAUGCUGGUCGUGUUUAGUUUCUGUUCAAGACGUGUUGGCAAAGAAUGAAAGCUAGGAGGAGUGGGCAGACAGGCCUGUAAGGAGAACAGAGAGGGAGCAAUCUAUCUGUUAUAUCAGAGUAUCUGUAGCUACAAUAUACCAGUAUUAAAGGACUGAAGGACUGAAGAAUGGUUUGUCAUCAUUAUGUAGACUUGCUAAAGAAAUGACCCAAAAUAAUUUACGCCGCCGAUACUGUAUGCACAUUUUCAUUUUCAUUUCAUUUACUUUCCUUCUAAACCAGGUUAAAUGCAAUGUUUUCUUACAGAUUCCCUUUGACCCAAUUUAACUAGGCCUAUAGGCACAGUGUCCAUGAUGCUAUGGUUUGUUUGUGUGUCAAUCUUGAACGUUUUGUUCCUUUGAAACUCUAACACACGCACCCUUGUUUAUAUUAGUAGUGGAGUACUCUGUGUCCUUGUCCAUAUUCCUCAACAGCACUGUGUAUGUAGCAAAGGACCCUGCUGCUGGUGGCUGUGCAAAUGUUUAUCAGUCAGCCUUGAUAUGGCUGGUCGCUGGAUGAACCUAGGUACCCCAGUAACCUUUAAAGUCCAGAGGAGUGAAGGGAGAGAGGGGAGAGAUUCUUCCCUCUCCAGUGAUACAGCACGUGCUUUCGGCCUCCCUUCCUUCUUCUGUCACUCAUUUUACUCCUCUCGAAAACAAACAAGUUAUAGAACCUCUGUUGGAAUACUAGAGAGAGCCCCGCUUCAGGCUUAUCUAAAACAAAACAAAACAAAACACGCUAUCGGUCGGUGCACAUGAUGAUAUUGUAGGGCAAGAGGAGCACAACAAGCAGUGAGUGAGUUCAGAGUUGGUCAUGGAAAGAUUUGGCAUGCAGGUUAUUGGCACUCAAAUGCACUGCAUGACUCUCGUGAACACAAUGACACAAUUCCCAGUUGUUGUCAAUUCUACCGGCCUCUGAGUUUGUUGUGGUGUCUUACAGACAGACAUCCAGUCAAUCAGAGAAAGCUUCACUCAGCUCUAUUCCUCCACAUGCUGAUUUGGUGAGCAGCAGACACUGCACUAGACUAGAUGGUUGUAGAAAUACCUUAAGUACCAUAAGCCUCAGUGGGGGUGGUCUGGCACUGGGCCAGUUCAAUAAGAGCUAUCAUAACGCUGGCACAGGAAGUUUUCUCGUUUACUACAGCACUGUGAGCUUAGAGCAGGCUUGGGCUCAGACUAAAGGCUGUAUGUAUCAAGCAUCUCAGAGUAGGACUAGGAGUGCUGAUCUAGAAUCCUUAAAAGCUUGUUUGUGUUUGUUAAAUAAAAGGCCCACAUACUGUAUUUUGGCACUCAAAACAUUCCUCAGUGGGAAAGGAAUGUAAAAAAAUAUAUAUACAUAUUCUCGUACGGACGGUAAUAUUCUUUAUCAUUCAAAACACUCCAUGUUGUUUUUACGAGGCUAUCUUGGCAGCGCCGACCGAGGCACCACUGUGGGUAGGCUAAGUGUGAAUAUGGAUGUGAGAGUUCAGAUGGGGUGACUCGUCUUAUAAGAGACAUUACGCAAACAAAACAUUUACUGGAAUUGGAAUGCCCUGGGCCAAAGUCUGCUGCCGUGCGUAGGUAGUUAGUCAGCUCAGUGGUGAUGAUAGGAUAGGGAGAGCCGGGGAGAACCGUCUGGUGAGGUGAAGAAGACCAUGUGAGAGUGAGCCACACUACUACUUAGACCAGACACACAGAUAGACAGACAGAAUGACAGGUUACUCUGGACAGACAGACAGACAGACAGACAGACAGACAGACAGACAGACAGACAGACAGACAGACAGACAGACAGACAGACAGACAGACACAGAUAGACAGAUGGAAUUACAAACAGAAGAGGAGAUGCAGACACAUUUAGACAGACAGAAUGACAGGUUACUCUGGACAGACAGACAGACAGACAGACAGACAGACAGACAGACAGACAGACAGACAGACAGACAGACAGACAGACAGACAGACAGACAGACACAGAUAGACAGACAGACAGAUAAAAACAUGGACUUAGAAAUUAAGACUAACUCAUCUCCCACAGCGUUUUGUGCUUUACUUGUCCUGUGUUCAAUCAACGUUUUGCAGUAUAUGCCUAGCAGCCUAAGUGUUUAGGAGUUUAAUGUUUCUUCUGUGAGAUGGAACACCAAUAGUGAGUCAGGAAAUGCCUGCAGAGCUAUAUGUGACUGACUGGCUGCCGGGGCUGAACAAAUCAGUUUCCAUUGUGUGAAACAAAACGACUUGGUCACUGCAUGGCCGCUUUAUGAAUUACUGCCCUAGCUACAAGACAGCCUUUUACUCCUUUUCAUUCUAAACCUGUCUGAAAUUCUUCAACAUCUAUAGCCUUUCUUCUUUUUCAACGUGGGGGUGUGUCGUGGGGUAGGGGCGCCUGGCGAUGCUAGAAGCCAUAGAACUUACUUUCAGGCCCGAAACCUGUAUUUUUCUGAGUCCUCAGUCUUGACAAUAACAGGAGGUAACACAAAUGCCUCAAUCAAUGUAGGAGCUGUGGGGGGGGGGGCAUCAAACAUCCUCGAAUUCCAGAGUUGUGUGCUCAUAUCCCUGCGUCGUCCGUGUCCUCUAGUUUCCUGUGCGGACUCAACUGCUUGGCCUUUCAGGUCUGUGUCCCAAAUGGCUAGUGCUGAGCGAUUAACUGACAUUGGUUCAAUUAUUUGAAUUCCAUUUUGUUCUGGGCAAUGCACAGUUUCUCUACAGAUAAAUCAAAUCAAGCCUGAACUGUGCGGUUUGUAGUAGGGAGUUGUAGAUUCCAACAGUCCAAUAUUCUACAUAGUUUAGCGCAGGUAAAAUCCUAGAGGAAAACGUGGUUCAGUCUGCUUUCCACCAGACACUGGGAGAUGAAUUCACCUUUCAGCAGGACAAUAACCUAAAACACAAGGCUAAAUCUACACUGGAGUUGCUUACCAAGAAGACAGUGAAUGUUCCUGAGUGGCCGAGUUACAGUUUUGACUUAAAUCUGCUUGAAAAUCUAUGGCAAGGCCUGAAAAUGGUUGUCUAGCAAUGAUCAACAACCAAUUUGACAGAGCUUGAAGAAUUUUGAAAAAAAAAAAAGUUGCACAAUCCAGGUGUGGAAAUCUCUUUAAAAUUUACCCAGAAAGACUCACAGCUGUAAUCGCUGCCAAAGGUGAUUCUAACAUGUAUUGACUUAGGGGUGUAAAUACUUAUGUAAAUGAGAUAUUUCUGUAUUUCAUUUUCAAUAAAUUUGCUAUAAUUUCUAAAAACUUGUUUUCACUUUGUCAUUAUGGGCUAUUGUGUGUAGAUGGGUGAGAAAAACAUCUAUUUGGAUUUUUAGGCUGUAACACAAUAAGUCAAGGGGUAGGAAUACUUUCUGAAGGCACUGUAUAUAAGCACAUCAUGCCUGUGUGUCUGUGAAUGCGUCCGUCUGUCUGUAGUGUGUAAGCUGCUAUGUGACCAGAAGUCAGUACAAGCCAUCGCAUCAUGUGACUCAGUUUAGCCUUGGAACAUUCUUGGGACAUGGGGUGGGGUGGGUGAGGGAGUGUUUGUGCGUGCGUGCAUGCGUGUUGUUGGCCAUGGGGUGACAGAGUUGCAGUGUGAAGGGUCGGUUGUGUGACAUUGCAUGUAGUCACCAUGAACUCUAAGGAUUUUAAUCAAGCGCUUUAACCACUCAUGACCACAAAGUCUCCUGUUUGAGCCCUUAGCCCUCAGCCCUGUCCUGCAGUAGAGGCCCACACAUUGGAGACACAGGGAGUGCUGCGGCUUCAACAUUUGUGUGGGUCAGUCAGUCUGCUGAGAAAUACUUGGCAUGAAUUGAGGUCAUGUCUUUGGUACUACUAUGUGGUCAACCACCAAUAAAACACAAGAAUACUGUUAUGACAAAUACCGCAUAGGUAUGGCAUACAUUUAGCGGUUGAAAAUAUAUUUCAGGUGAUUAUAACCUGUAAAUAACAAAAUAACUGCAGUACUUUGACAAACGAUCCGGGAGCACAACCUCAAAGAGCAUCCUCGCUCGUUGUGUGCAAAUUGCUGUUGUCCUUUAAUCUAAAACAAACAAACAUAACAGGAGUUUUUCAUGUCAUGUUAUGCCGGCCGGCCCAACCCCCGGCCCGGCCCCAGCCCCCGCCCCCGCCCUAGCCCCAAGCCCCGGACGGUGGAACCUUUGGCGAUUGGUUAUUUUUACCCCUUCCUGUAAAAACACCAGCAGCUCGGUCGGUGCCUUGGUUCGUCCCCCACAAUGAACUAUGAUGCACAUCCUGCUGACUGGCUGGAAAAUAUCACCGGCCUGCCGUGUGUUCGCAUCUCCUCCGCCCUGAAAAACAUAAGGGCCAGGCAGGGUGGGAGGGAAGGAGGAGGGAAGGGGUAGGGAGGUAGAGAUAGCAAGAGGAGGGAGGGAGAUAGUGAGAUAGAGAGGGAGGAAGGGAGGCAGGGAGGAGGGAGAGAGAGAGGGAGGCAGGGAGGAGUUAAGGCGCUAACAGACAGCGGGUGGGGUGGCCCAUUCAUUUUCAAUGAAGGCAGGGGGGCAAAAUUAUAUCCAGGCGGCGCGGUCGGCGGUGCUCAUUCCUGUGAAGACCGCUCAAGCCGAGACGGAGAAAAUAGAAAUCUAUUCCAUUUCUGAAGCGGUGCCGUCGUUGUUGACCAAUAACAGAAAACGUAGCCUGUGUGGUGAUACAUCAGCACGUACAUCCAACAUAAGGACCAGCUAACUUGCCCACUCUAGCUAGCUGGCUAAAACGUUCAGUUUACAGAGUCACGUUUAACAAUACAAAUCAUUGUUUUCUAAUAGUUUUUUGGAAUUAAUAAUUUCUGUUGCAUGUAAGUAAAAUGUUAUGCAUGCUUAUGGUGUUAUAGCAAUUCACCUUUGACAUGUUGAUAACGUGUGCUUAUUUCGUGUAAUGCUCACCGCCGGCUGUCACCCAGUUUGUGUAGGCACUAGCCGCUUUGACUAGAGAAACAAGUGGUGAGUGUUGCCAACAAUUUUUCAGUGAGAAUCGCUAUUGGCUCCUUGAUUUGUUCUAGAAGUUUGCUAGAUAACAUCUUGCCAUUACCACGAUGACGUCACAGCACCAAUUUGCCUUGAUGCGGUACAGCUGCGGUCCCCAAUGGAGCGUUUUCGCCCCCUCUCUCUUUCGCCCCCUCUCCCGGAAGGAGGGAGAGCACAAGACAGGAUAGUUCCUGGCUCAGGGUAAUUGUGUGUGUGUGUGUGUGUGUGUGUGUGUGCGCGCGGGUUUGUGCGUGUGUAAAGUGAGGUGUUUUCUCUAGCUUUCCUCUAUUCUCUACAACUGUCCCUCCCUGUGCUCUCCCUGCUGUCUGUCACCUUAUCAACAGUUUUCUCACUACACUAGUAGAGUAGUGAUCAUCAUAUCUCUAAAAAGGGCAUAGAUCAGAUCAGAUCUUAUCUAUAUAUCUAGUAUGUACAGUAUUCACACUACCGUAAUACGGAAACAAUAUAGGGUGGGGGAAAUGAUUCCCAAAUGCCACCCCCAGUGAUGCUGAUAGUAAUAAUAAUGAUGAUAAUGGUGAUAGUAGAUUACCAGGGAGGACAGGGAGGAGGGUGUUAUUUUACUCUUUGUGAUAACACCACUCCCCACCACUUCAUAGUGGGUAGGGAGUGGAUUCUGCACUCCACCCUAUCGGAGGCAGAGGGUGUUAGGGGUGGAUGCUGCUCUCCACCCUGUGUGUGUGUUUGUGUGCGCGUGCGUGUUUCUGUGUGGUUGGAGGGAGGGCGGGGGGUACUAGAGGUGGGUGGAGCUUCCUGUGUUCCCCACGCUAUGCUUAUUUAUUGCCCAUCAGUGUUUGUGUGUCUGUGUGUCUGUGUGUGCCAGCUGGGCGUUCCAGCCGUUUGCCCUGCCAGAGCAGCCAGCCCUGUCUCACCCCUUGCCUACCCGCCAGCCUGCCCGCCGGGGCCUCUCUCUCUCCCUUGGGGUAGCCUGGAGGCCCUGGAGGCUGGGGCUAGGCGCCAAAGGGAGGGAGGGAGGGAGGGAGGGAGGGAGAGAGAGAGAGAGAGAGAGGGGGGAGAGAGAUAGGGAGAGAGAGAGAGAGAGAGUGCACCACGCCAUGAACGGCAUCUUCCUGGAACUCAGUGUUUUUCUCAAUGAGCUGUGACAUGAGCCGUUGCCAGCCACACGUGUAGCAGCUCUGUAACUGUGUGUGUGUGACUAACGUCCUGUUAAUGUUUAUUUUUUAUUUUGGGGGGCGGGUUUGAGAUCCCUGAAGACCAUGUCUGAAAUUCUUUGUCAAUAUAAUGUACGAAAAUGUAUGGACUCACUACUGUAAGUCACUCUUGAUAAGAGUGUCUGCUAAAUUACUAAAAUGUAAAAUGUAAUGAUUACAACACCACAGGGGUAUACUACAAAGCAGGAUCAAUGAGUUAGCCAGCUAACUUUCAAGUUUCAAGUUUUAAUGUCACGUGCACAAGUACAGUGAAAUGCCUUAAUUGCAAGCUCUAAACCCAACAAUGUAGUAAUCAAUAUCAAUGUAGAAUAAAAACACAAUCAAAUUAACAUUAGAAAUAAGAAGAACAUGAGAAAGUAAGAAGCUAUAUACAGGGUAGGCUUGGGCAGUAUACCGUAUAUAUACUGUAUACCGGGGUAUUUGGAAAUAGCCACGGGAUGGUUUUUCAAUACCGUCAAUACCGUAAACUAUUUCUUUGAAGUUUUGCAACACAUUAGACAUAAAAUAUCUUCAUUUUCAUCAGAUAACAACAGAAGUGCAAAGCUAUUCAGCUGGCAGCCACACAAGUAAAUGAGCUUACAAUGAAAAAGCAAGGUAUUUUUUGCAAACCACGAUACAUGGCCAUCAUAUGUAUAAUGUUUAAGCCUAUCAUAGAAAGAAUGUAGCCAGCUACAUUUCCUCAUGUUUUGCUUAAAGUUAAUCUUGCAUUUUACCAGAGAAAAGUAGGCAGGCUACACCGAGAAAAGUAUCUGAGAAAAUAAGCUACAUAUCAGUCAGAGUGUUGUCUGCUGAUAGAAUGCCCAUUUGUGAAUUCUCAUCCGAGUUUAGAAGCGCAACUGAAGCACAGAAUUUGAUGCCGAGCAGAAAUUACAUUAAGAAGCAUUUUAGUAUUUUUUCCUGGGUGAAAAACGCGGAAUUAUGCGUUAACACGACACCUAGAAUAACUUGCUAGCUAAGUAAGUGGCAUCAUAUUGUGUUAGCUUUCGGCCAUGUUUGAGAAGGCAAAGCCCUUAGGAUUAGUUAUUAGCUGCCACUGUUAUCUUGAUUUCCUUGCGUUUUUUCUCCUCUCCGUUCUCACCCCCUCUGCUCCUCCCUCCUCUUCUCUGAGCAGAGUAGGCAGGCCUGUUGCCCUAGCAACUCCGGACUCCACACAGACACAGCAUGUAGACAUGCUGCUGGAGAGCCAGUACUGCAUGCGUCAAAACUUUGUAAAUUUGCACGUCUCUCAUUCACAUUCGCUUGUAAAACUCAUGAAAAAUGACAUUCGGUAGCUCCUACCUAUAUACAGUGCCUUGCAAAAGUAUUCAUCCCCCUUGGCGUUUUUCCUAUUUUGUUGCAUUACAACCUAUAAUUUUAAUGGAUUUUUAUUUGUAAUGGACAUACACAAAAUAGUCCAAAUUGGUGAAGUGAAAUGAAAAAAAUAACUUGUUUCAAAAUAUUCUAACAAAUAAAUAACGGAAAAGUGGUGCGUGCAUAUGUAUUCACCCCCUUUGCUAUGAAGCCCCUAAAUAAGAUCUGGUGCAACCAAUUACCUUCAGAAGUCACAUAAUUAGUUAAAUAAAGGCCACCUGUGUGCAAUCUAAGUGUCACAUGAUCUGUCACAUGAUCUCAGUGUAUAUACACCUGUUCUGCAACACCACUAAGCAAGGGGCACCACCAAGCAAGCGGCACCAUGAAGACCAAGGAGCUCUCCAAACAGGUCAGGGACAAAGUUGUGGAGAAGUACAGAUCAGGGUUGGGUUAUAAUUUUUUUUUAUCAGAAACUUUGAACAUCCCACGGAGUACCAUUAAAUCCAUUAUUUAAAAAAAUGGAAAGAAUAUGGCACCAUAACAAACCUGCCAAGAGUGGGCCGCCCACCAAAACUCACAGACCAGGCAAGGAGGGCAUUAAUCAGAGAGGCAACAAAGAGACCAAAGAUAACCCUGAAGGAGCUGCAAAGCUCCACAGCGGAGAUUGGAGUAUCUGUCCAUAGUACCACUUUAAGCCGUACACUCCACAGAGCUGGGAUUUACGGAAGAGUGGCCAGAAAAAAGCCAUUGCUUAAAGAAAGUCAAGGGGUCUGAAUGCUUUCCGAAGGCACUGUAAAUAUAUGUGCAUGUUAUGUGUGUGUUGGAGUGUCAGUGUGCGUGAGUGUGUACAAUCCUGUGAGUGUACAUAAAGACUGUGCAAAAAUGAAAGUAAAUACAAGGGUCAACUCAGAUAGUGUGACACCAACAGGCUCCUGAACAGCUUCUAUCCCCAAAAAACAAGACUGCUAAAUAGCUAACAAAAUGGCAAUACAGACUAUCUGAGUUGACCCUUGUAUGCACACUUACAGGAUUGUACACACUCACACACUGUUGCCAUUUUGUUAGCUAUUUAGCAGUCUUGUUUCUUGGGGAUAGAAGUUGUUCAGGAGCCUGUUGGUGUCAGACAUUUUAUUUUGUAUUUUAUUACUACCCCUUUUUCCUCCCCAAUUUCGUGAUAUCCAAUUGGUAGUUACAGUCUUGUCCCAUCGCUGCAACUCCCGUACGGACUCAGGAGAGACGAAGGUCGAGAGCCAUGCGUCCUCCGAAACACGACCCCGCCAAGCUGCACUGCUUCUUGACACACUGCUCCCUUAACCCGGAAGCCAGCCGCACCAAUGUGUCGAAGGAAACACCGUACAGCUGGCAACUGAUGUCAGCGUGCAUGCACCCGGCCCGCCACAAGGAGUCGCUAUAGCGCGAUGGGACAAGGACAUCCCGGCCAGCCAAACCCUCCCCUAACCCGGACGACGCUGGGCCAAUUGUGCGCCGCCUCAUGGGUCUCCCGGUCGCGGCCGGCUGCAACACAGCCUGGGAUCGAACCCAGGUCUGUAGUGACGCCUCUAGCACUGCGAUGCAGUGGUUGGUGUCAGUCUUGAUGCACUGGUACCGCUUACCAUGCGGAAGCAGAGAUAAUAGUCUAUGGCUUGGGUGGCUGGAGUCUUUAACGUUUUUUCUGGCCCUUCCUUUCACACCGCCUGAUAUAGAGGUCCUGGAUGGCAGGUAGCUCGGACCCAGUGAUAUACUGGGCUGUCCGCACCACCCUCUGUAGCACCAUGCGAUUGAGGGCGGUGCUAUUGCCAUACCAAGCGGUGAUGCCGCCAGUCAAGAUGCUCUCAAUGUUGCAGCUGUAGAACCUUUUGAGGAUUUGAGUGUCCAUGUCAAACUUUUUCAACCUCCUGAGGGGGAAGAGUCACUAUCGCGCCUUCUUUACGACUGCGCGGGCGUGUAUGGACCAUUUUAACUCAGUGAUUUAGACCUCGAGGAAUUUCAAGCUCUCGACCUGCUCCACUGCAGCCCAUUUUUUAUUUUUUAUUUUGAGAUGAUCUUGAAAUGGGCAUGGUCUAAUUGAUUCAACAAAUGAAAAAACAUAUAGAAGUUUAGCUAUUUUUUAUGAACCAGAAAAUCUAUAGUUUAUUUCUGUUUGCUUAUCAAAGUUAGCUAGCUAAAUCAUGGAUCCUGCUUUGUAGUAUACCUCUCUGUAUAUUCCACUAACACACUUCAGACCAAAACACCAUUCAACAAGCACUUUGAGUAUUUUUGAAUAAAUAUCUACACUCGUGAAGUACUCUUUUUUGUGUGUGUAACUUAUUUUAUCUGCAAACUGGGACCUUGCACGAUGAUAUUAAUCCAAACUAAUGAAUAUACAGUCACAUUUCUAUUUGUUUUACACUGUAAACAUUUAAUUGAAUUGGUUUGUUGAGCACAUGAAUCAAAACGUGCUUCCUUCUAGAGCAACAAACAGUGAGGUUUUCAUCUCCUGGAAACCCAGAGAAUAGGGCCCAGAGAAUAUAGUACAGAGAUAAGAAUGACCUUGUGUACAUUUUCGUCAACGCUCUUAUCCAGAGCGACUUACAGGAGCAAUUAGGGUUAAGUGCCUUGCUCAAGGGCACAUCGACAGAUUUUUCACCUAGUCGGCUUGGGGAUUAGAACCAGUGACCUUUCGGUUACUGGCACUACGCUCUUAACCACUAAGCUACCUGCCGUGUACUAGGGGGUUUCUAUCUAGGACUGUUGUGGUCAAUUGUGUUGACAUCUAUAUAUAGCAUUAAGCUGUGAUAAACUGGUAAAUCAAGAUGUAGCCUAGGUUGAUUCACAAGACAGGUGCGGGAAGAGGAAGAAGUUAAUUAAUAUGUUUUUGGUGACAAUCAGCUUUGAAAUCAGCAUAUUUUGUGAUAUGCUAGGUUAGGGAAUUUACGUUGCUUCAGCUGUAAGCUGGACAUUGUUUUGCGAACAGUAAUGAACAGUUUUAAAAUUUCUACAUACCGGGUUGCAUUAUUCAAAUGUGUUAAUUUCAGUGCAGCAUGAGUGGGGAGCUAACAAUGCAGCCCACAAAGUUCUAGCAAUGAAUGAGGAAGUGCAGCAGGCACUUUGUUCUUCACACUACAAAGGGGCUGCGCUGACAGACAGACUUGAUCCUCUCUAUCACAUGAGACACAUUUGACAGAAGUACCGAACGUAACAAAAAUUCUAAUACCGAAACGUAAUUUAUUUUGUAGCGAAGAAGUACAUAUGUUUCGGGAUACCGUGCAACACUACUUUCUAUUUGGAAAUUAGUGGUGUAGUGGAGGGUAAAGGCAUGUAAACGCCUUUGAGUGAGUGUGUGUGAGUUAGUCUGCCUGCUUGCCUGCCUGCCUGUAUCUAUGUGUGUGAGGCUGAUGUCUGAAUGAGGCUGUACAGCAGUAAUACAGUGCAGGGUCUAUGGUCUAUGAGGCAGGCUGUGUGAGGACUGUGGAAUGUGUGGCAUGCGGGGCCACUGCAUUGUCCCCCAGUUCCAGCCAGCAAGCGAGAGGAUAAUCACCUCCCUAUCAACCUCAUAUAUUCGGGGCCCUGGGGGGGCCUCUGGGCCACCACUAACAAUACAACACACAUCGCAGCACUGCAAGUAAUUAUGAGGAACAGCGAUUCAUCGGGCUGGCUGGGGGCCCACAGCUCAGUCCAUUAAUCUGGCUGGGGUUUCUGUGUUUCAGUGGGCUGUGAGAGGGCAGACAGACUGGAGCAGCAUGGGGUAGUUUCUAUAGCAGACAUUAUGAUGGUGGUCUUGACUGAGUAGUAGGAAGGAUGAACUAGUUGGAUGCAACCAUUGUUUUUAUAGUUGUCUAUAUCUAUGUGUUGAUAGCAAUAUGUUGGAGUUAGACAUUGUUUUAGACAAGGCAAAAACACACUGUAGAAACUCACAUUGAACUCAGUCAGUGUGCCUGUCUGCCCGGGUGCGUUUAAGGUGAAACGAAGGCAAGAGGAAAUAAAAAUGCAGGGAAGUUCUCAGAGUUUUCCUGCUUCCAACCUCUCCCUCUGCCAAUCCUCCUCACCCAUUCUUCAAUGUUCUCAGUUCAGAUUAUUUUCAAACUUGAAGUGGGCAUCAGCACUGCCAACUGAGAUAUGUCAUUAUAAUAACCCAUGUCAGAUGUUGGACAUCAUGUAGACAUCUGCAGAAGUUGUGAUGGCCACUUGCACGUUUCUUCAGCUGAAGUGGCAAAACUAUUUCCCUCAAUCUCACCCACUCUCUCUCUGGAGAGGUUUUGUUUUAAGAGCCUGUGUUGGACGGAUGUAGACCCAUGCAUUCUCUAAGAACAUUAAAUAUGUCUGUCAUCUUCAAAGGGCAGUAGAGGUCCCUUCGUCCUGACUCAGACUUUUAUACGUUCCCCUCCGACUUCACUGGUAAACACAACGCAUGCACCCCCCAGUCUGUCCAUUGUGCCCUUUAGGGGGCCACUGUCUCCUGUGUUUGGCAGUCAGAAGGGCCAUAUCAGCACCUACCAGCACUUCCUGAGCGGAUAUGAUGGAGAAGGGAGUGCAGUGCACUGACUGACCUGUCCACUAACAAGCCCAAUGGGAAGCUAAAGUCUCAUUCUCUCUCUCUUUUGCUUUCUUUCUUUCUUUCUUUCUAUGUCUGGCAUUACACUGCUCUGGCACACAGAUUAUUGCAGGCUAUCACAGCACACACACACUUAGUCAUGUACCCAUGUCCAACCCACACACACACACACACAAAAUCUGGUCUUCUAAAAUCUAUUAUAUAAAUCACAGAAAGAGGGAGAGAGAAAGAAAGAAAUGGUGAGAGAGUGAAAAGCAAAGAGAAGUGGAGGGAGAACGAUAGACAGAAAAAGAGAGCGUGACAGAGAGAAAGAAAGAUCAUUUAAAACGUUGUUUUAGAGAAUUUGGCAGUACGUCCAACCGGCCUCACAACCGCAGACCACGUGUAGCCACGUCAGCACAGGACCUCCACAUCUGGCUUCUUCACCUGCGGGAUCAUCUUAAGGGGGGUUGGGGACGAGGUGCUGAGGAUUAUUUAUGUCUGUAAUAAAGCACUUUUGUGGGGAAAAACGAAUUCUAAUUGGCUGGGCCUGGCUCCCCAGUGGGUGGGCCUAUGCCCUCCCAGGCCCACCCAUGGCUGCGCCCCUGCCCAGUCAUGUGAAAUCUAUAGAUUAGGGCCUAAUGAAUUUAUUUCAAAUGACUGAUUUCUUUAUUUGAACUGUAACUCAGUAAAAUCUUUGAAAUUGUGGCAUGUUGCGUUUAUGUUUUUGUUCAGUAUAGAUAUAAGCAGCAGCAUUUACUCUUAAGGGCUAUUUAUACCCUACAGAGACGCAAGAUUCGGAGCGUAGCGCAGUGUUGCAAUGUCGUUUUCCGUCACGAAAAGGGUACUAGUACUACGCUCCAACAAUCAACAAUUGCCAUUAGCGGUAUCAUUCCUUGCGCAGCCAUGGGGCAGUGUUGUGUAGGCAAUUAAGCCGUAUUUCACUAGCAACUCGCUUGGUUCCUUGAUCUGAUCUAUAUAGGCUAUGCAUCAAAGUAGCCUAUUUUGCAUUGAUAACCAAAUACAAUUUCAGCGAUUGUUCAAACAGGACCAUAUAAAUUCUGUGUUGUGGAGAACGUCGACGGAUUCACGGAAACCAGACAUUAAAAUGGAAUUCAACAAUAUUCUGAAAUGUAUUGACAUCAGUAAAUCAACAAAAUUUAUUGAACUUAUUAGAAAAUGCAUUAAUUUGCUCAAGUUAAUCACAAGACAUUAACACAAUGCAUCAGUGAUUCGUAUUUUCCUGAACAUUACUGAAACAGCACAGGAAUACCCCUGUGUGUGUGUGUGCGGUGCGUGUGUAUGUCUAAACUAGGGAUUCAUAUUUUCCCGAAAAUCUACUGAGUUUCAAUACCUGGAAUAAUUCAUAUUUAUCCUGAGAGUCCAGGGAAAUACCGCAAAAAUUGGAAGUGCCCUGUCGUGGAAAUUUCACACAGGGACACUCAAAGUCAAUCUUAAAUGUAAGGGUUGGUGUGAGGUGUGACCCAGGUGUGGUGCAGGAUAGACAAUAGGCUGUAGGCAAGGAUGGUGAAACAAGGAUCUUUACUGGUGGUCCAAAAGCCAGGAUACAAAACAACGGACUAUUCACGAAAACAAAUGAGAAGCACAUAGGUCUCCAAAAAACAGGCUGACAGCAAACAAUACGAAAUACUAACUCUGACUGGAAAAACACAAUGACACAGGGAGAACAUGUCUCGAGUACCUGUAACUCCGUGACGUGAUCCGACACUGAUACGUACUGCUUGACAUCAAGGAACUAGCAGAGAAAACUGAGCAAGGGAACACAGGGAAGUGAGGGCAUAAAUACACAGGUGAAUCUGAUAGACACAGGUGACACCAAUAGGAAGAUAAUUAGUCCCGACUGUGAGUGAGGAGGUGCCUAUGGUUGUCAGAGGAUGACACCUAGUGGGUUGCUCCGGAACUGCGACCCACUCCUGUAACACUUAAAUGAAUCAUUGUUUAUUAUCAGCGCGCUGGAGAGGUUCCAACCAACUCAAUGUACAGAAUUUGUGCUCUAGUCUUCUCCUAAGACUAGCUUGCCGCUACUUCCUAUACAUAUAUAAUAACCGUAGAUAACGUUAUAGAUUGAAAAACUCAGCUCACAGAACUGGUUGGGGUAUCCAUUCAGACACGCACUCAGUAAUCUCCCAUAUUACCUUUUUCACACCGGAACCAGUCCCCUGACAGCUCUCAUUCACUCAGUACUUAAUAGUAAUAAUAUCUCUUAGUAUUCUCAAUUUUAAUCAAUCAGCUUAUUAUCCAAAUUUCAAUCCUCUUGUUAUCCAAAUUUCAAUCAGUUUAAUAUCCAAAUUUCAAUCAAUCAGCUUAUUAUCCAAAUUUCAAUCAGAUUAAUAUCCAAAUUUCAUUCAAUCAUGUUAUUAUCCACAUUUCUUCAAUGGUUCCUCUAUAGUCUCUAUAGUUGCCACUUGUUAUCCACAUUUCAAUCAGCUUAAUAUGUAAUAUCUUACAUACAUAACUUUCACAUCCACAUUCACUUAGUACUAUUCCCAAACACUCGGUAAUCUCCCUUAUUACCCAUCUGCAUCUCUUCACCAUAUGUAUCUUUCACAUACAUAAACUCAGCAAAAAAAGAAACUUUCUUUCAAAGAUAAUUUGGAAAAAUCCAAAUAACUUCACAGAUCUUCAUUGUAAAGGGUUUAAACACUGUUUUCCAUGCGUGUUCAAUGAACCAUAAACAAUUAAUGAACAUGCACCUGUGGAACGGUCGUUAAGACACUAACAGCUUACAGACGGUAGGCAAUUAAGGUCACAGUUAUGAAAAUUAAGGACACUAAAGAGGCCUUUCUACUGACUCUGAAAAACACCAAAAUAAAGAUGCCCAGGGUCCCUGCUCAUCUGCGUGAAUGUGCCUUAGGCAUGCUGCAAGGAGGCAUGAGGACUGCAGAUGUGGCCAGGGCAAUAAAUUGCAAUGUCCGUACUGUGAGACGCCUAAGACAGCGCUACAGGGAAACAGGACGGACAGCUGAUCGUCCUUGCAGUGGCAGACCACGUGUAACAACACCUGCACAGGAUCGGUACAUCUGAACAUCACACCUGCGGGACAGGUACAGGAUGGCAACAACAACUGCCCGAGUUACACCAGGAACGCACAAUCCCUCCAUCAGUGCUCAGACUGUACGCAAUAGGCUGAGAGAGGCUGGACUGAGGGCUUGUAGGCUUGUUGUAAGGCAGGUCCUCACCAGACAUCACCGGCAACAACGUUGCCUAUGGGCACAAACCCACCGUCACUGGACCAGACAGGACUGGCAAAAAGUGCUCUUCACUGACGAGUCACGGUUUUGUCUCACCAGGGGGGAUGGUCGGAUUCGUGUUUAUCGUCGAAGGAAUGAGAGUUACACAGAGGCCUGUACUCUGGAGCGGGAUCGAUUUGGAGGUGGAGGAUCCAUCAUGGUCUGGGGCGGUGUGUUACAGCAUCAUCGGACUGAGCUUGUUGUCAAUGCAGGCAAUCUCAACAAUGUGCGUUACAGGGAAGACAUCCUCCUCCCUCAUGUGAUACCCUUCCUGCAGGCUCAUCCUGACAUGACCCUCCAGCAUGACAAUGCCACCAGCCAUACUGCUCGUUCUGUGUGUGAUUUCCUGCAAGACAGGAAUGUCAGUGUUCUGCCAUGGCCAGCGAAGAGCCCGGAUCUCAAUCCCAUUGAGCACGUCUGGAACCUGUUGGAUCGGAGGGUGAGGGCUAGGGCCAUUCCCCCCAGAAAUGUCAGGGAACUUUCAGGUGCCUUGGUGGAAGAGUGGGGUAACAUCUCACAGCAAGAACUGGCAAAUCUGGUGCAGUCCAUGAGGAGGAGAUGCACUGCAGUACAAAUUGCAGCUGGUGGCCACACCAGAUACUGACUGUUUACUUUGAUUUUGACCCCCCCCCCCUUUGUUCAGGGACACAUUAUUCUAUUUCUGUUAGUCACAUGUCUGUGGAACUUCUUCAGUUUAUGUCUCAGUUGUUGAAUCUUGUUAUGUUCACACAAAUUUUUAAACAUGUUAAGUUUGCUGAAAGUAAACGCAGAUGACAGUGAGAGGACGUUUCUUUUUUUGCUGAGUUUAUAUAAUAACACCACGUGCUAUUAGUAGUGGCUGCAGACCACAUAGACACUUCUCUUAUAAAUGCCCACAGACAGCUGUCAGCGGGGCUUUCCAUGGUACCGUUACUUUCCCUUGCUCUAGUCUUCUCUAUAAGACUUGCUCCAGCCUUUUUCUGUCAUAUGUAUCACUGCCGUGGUUCCUCUAUAGUCUCUACGGUAUCUAAAGUCCCUGAGCAUCCAUAGUCCCUAUAGCAUCACAGUCCCUAUAGCAUCCAGAGUAUCUAUGGUCCCUAUAGCAUCAUAGUCCCUACAGCAUCUAUAGUCCCUCAGCAAUCAUAGUAUUAAUAGUUUAUAUAGUCAUAAAUGCUAUGGUCUCUAUAGACUCUAUAGUCUUGCCGCAUACAUAUAGAAUAACACACGCACUUUCACACAUUCACUCAGUACUUAUUAUCACAAUUUAAAUCAGCUUAUUAUCCAAAUUUAAAUCACUUAACUAAUAUUUCUUAAUAUCAACAUUUCUAUCUUUUAUUAUCCAAAUUUCAAUCAGCUUAAUAGCCACAUUUCAAUCAUGUUAUUAUCCCAAUUUCAAUCAGCUUAAUACUUUCCACACUCACACAACUUUCACAUCCACAUUCACUACACUCACACAACUUUCACAUCCACAUUCACUACACUCACACAGCUCACAUCCACAUUCACUACACUCACACAACUCACAUCCACAUUCACUACACUCACACAACUCACAUCCACAUUCACUACACUCACACAACUCACAUCCACAUUCACUACACUCACACAACUCACAUCCACAUUCACUACACUCACACAACUUUCACAUCCACAUUCACUACACUCACACAACUUUCACAUCCACAUUCACUACACUCACACAACUCACAUCCACAUUCACUACACUCACACAAAUCACAUCCACAUUCACUACACUCACACAACUCACAUCCACAUUCACUACACUCACACAACUCACAUCCACAUUCACUACACUCACACAACUCACAUCCACAUUCACUACACUCACACAACUCACAUCCACAUUCACCACACUCACACAACUUUCACAUCCACAUUCUCUACACUCACACAACUCACAUCCACAUUCACUACACUCACACAACUCACAUCCACAUUCACUACACUCACACAACUCACAUCCACAUUCACUACACUCACACAACUCACAUCCACAUUCAGUACACUCACACAACUUUCACUUCCACAUUCACUACACUCACACAACUCACAUCCACAUUCACUACACUCACACAACUCACAUCCACAUUCACCACACUCACACAACUUUCACAUCCACAUUCACUACACUCACACAACUCACAUCCACAUUCACUACACUCACACAACUCACAUCCACAUUCAGUGGUACCCUCCUCCAUUUCUAUGUUUAGUUUUAUUGGUUUUAUUAGUAUUUUUUCUAUUUUUAUACUAAUUCAUUUGAAUUGACUUACUGAAAUCAGAAGACAUGUCCCUCAAUUGUUUGCAGAUUAUGUGUCUUCUCCUGGGCAGCUCAGAGUAAGGGUCUGGUCUGGGCGGGUCUCGUCCUCUUUUGGUCAGACGGGAAUUUCCCUCACGCUUCAUAGAAUGCGCCACCGGUUUUCCUCGCAGACCACCACUGGAAAGCUCCGCAGGCAGAAUCAAUCAUCCUGUUCGUUGACGCCAAAUUGUUGUGGAAAUUCUACACAUGGGACACUCAAAGUGAAUCUUAAAUUAAUAAUUGUUUAUUAUCAGCGCGUUGGAGAGGUUCCAACCAACUCAAUGCACCAAGUACACAUGUCGAUCAGGAGCUCCACUGGGGCAGUCCCGUUAGUUAUCUUAUAUACAGACAAGUUAUAUUUGCAUGAUUUAGCUUAUUCAUCAUUCAUAAUUAAUUCAUCAUUAACGUUUGCUUCAUUCACCGACCAAUACUGGGUCAUGCAUGUGACAGACCAAUACCUCAGGAGGCUUCUUCUCUCUGAGCUGAGACCUUGAAACUGAGAUAUAUUUUGUUAUGAAAACAAGGGUCUGGGCGUACUGCCAAAUUGCAGAUACUGAUAGUGAGGAUUUGUUCAAUCAGUCACUUGCAUGAACACAGAAAUGGGUUAUUAGAAAAGCACAAACAUAGAACACAGAAAUUGGUUAAUAGAAAAACACAAACAUAAAAUGUUCCAUCACAGCCCAUUUAAAGUGUUUAAAACCAAGAUAUGGUCACUAUGCCAGGGUUCUCCCCAAAUAAGAAGGGCGCUGCGCCACCUUGUCGGCUUGGCUGUGCCACUAUGUAAAGAUUUCAGAGCAAAUGAAACUGAUAUUUAGUAAUGAUAGAGUAACUAUCUUUGAUCGCCAGCACAUUUGAGCAGUAGGCUAUCUCAACACAGAGCGCACUCAGGACGUACAGAGCGCACUCAUAGUUGAUGACUAUACAGAUAGCAGAUCAGCUCAUGAAUAACGGGGAGAUGAAGAGAGGAAAUUGUUUAAAUAUCAAGGUAUCUUAACGGGUCCAAUUCUGUAAAAAAAAUAUCCAUAUGUACUCUCAUACCGUUUGUUGAUCACAAAUUCUCUCCCGACGCUCUCAUAUGGGCAGCAAGUACGAGACAGUGCAGAGAAGCCAGAUAAAUGUUAUAGCUGUAUUUUGACAUGGAUAGGCGAGAGAUGUGCUUUGAUAAUGCAACCUAUGGAUUCCAGAAUAAAGUUAGGAAUUUUCAUGUGAGACAGGAGUAAAUUUUUUGGGUUUCAGUGGGACUGGAUAGGAAAAUAGCCUAGGCUCUAGGACACGGGGAAGAUAUAAUUUUCUCUCAUGCCUCUCUGAAUUGUUAACAGUCUUCAUGUCUGUGACAGAGAUGUAGUUAAUUGUGCAUAGGCCUAUCAAAUGUGUGACUGUAGGGUUUAUUAAUUGCAUUCGGGUCGCUUGUGCAGUCCGGCAGUGUAAAUUAUUUGUGCGCUUUGAAUAUAUGGCGACUUUGUGUGAAGUAAAUAUCCUAGACUAAAAGCUUCCUUGCGACAACCUGUUUUGGAUAAUGUGCUAUAAAAAAUUUUGCAAAUCUGAUGCUGCGCAUGUUGUGUAGGGCCUGCAUUAGUGCCGACAUUGGGGAUUUUUCAUUUUUAUUUUAAAUCUGGAAAAUGUGAAGAAUGUUCCCGGGAAAGUCCCGGGUCCUGGUUAUCCAUGUUAAUCCCUAGUCUACACUUUGUGUAGCCGUUAACAAUGAUGCUAAUGAUAACCUUCUUCUGGUAGCGAUGAAGGCUUAUUUGCAUAAUUUCAGUGUCCAGAAACCUGGAAAAACUAAAUGGAGAAACUGAAUAACAAAAACACAAAAAAACAGAAUCAGGUAAAAAAAAUCUAACAGGUUUCAUUGGGGCCCUAAUUGUAGCCUUAUUAGAAUCCCCCCAAAAUGUAUUUUGUUUAGAAGGGAUUACUAUGUGAUUCUAGGCUACUUUAAAAUGUAAAAGCAGCUGUGUUUUAUUUUUCUCUCUGACAAAAAAUUAUGACAUUCUAUUUUUAGCUGAUAUGGGAGCGAAUACGUUGAAGCAGCAUAUGGAAUUGGGUAGGUUACAAUGGCAAGUAUAAGAAUAUUUGCCAGGGCAUAUUAUAUUUAACUAUAAAUUAGAUUAUUUCACAUGGAUAUGUGGGAAGCUAAAAAGCCUAGCUAGCUUGCUAUGUUUUUAGCCAGGCUAAAGCCAGCUAGCUACUACUAGCAAGGGAAGACGACUCUUCCUUGCUUCCACCACAAAAACAAAACAAAAAAACUCUGGUAUCGCCCCCUUGUGAAUGAGAGUCUAUGAAAUGCGGAUCGGCGAGAGUAUCAUGUUACUAAAAGGUGUCUGCUGCUCAAAAAAUCAGACUCCAUCCAUUCGCAUGCACGUGCAUAGAUCAACGGAGUGAAGCUUGUAUCGGCCUUUAGACUCUCUAGGCUAGUAAAACAAGAAUCUCUAGGUCCAUUAUGGGCAGUGACAUUUACAUUUACAUUUUAGUCAUUUAGCAAACGCUCUUAUCCAGAGCGACUUACAGGAGCAAUUAGGGUGAAGUGCCUUGCUCAAGGGCACAUCGACAGAUUUUUCACCUAGUCGGCUCGGUAGUGACAGUACUAAUGGUGCCUGAUAAAGCCUUCGUGUUUUCAACCUGACUAUGCUCUCUCUCUGUGAGACUAUGAUUCUCCUUCCUGGCUGUUUUCACAAAGCCAAUUUGCAGGCCUUGCAGAAAUAGGUCACUCAUCAUGUUGCUUAGUGUUCACUGAGGAGAGGAGGCAUCCAAAACGGCACUGACCCUAUUCCCUACGUAGUGCAGUAGUUGUGCACUAUAUAGGGAAUAGGGUGCCAUUUGGAAUACAGACAUCAUGUUGCUUAGUGUUCACAGAGGAGAGGAGCAGGCUGCAUUAUACUAGGACCAUUAGAAGUGCGUCCCAAAUGGCACCCUAUUCCCUUUGUAGUGCACUACCUCUGACCAGGGCCAAUAGGGCUCUGGUUAAAACUAGUGCACUAUAUAGGGAAUAGGGUGCCAUUUGGGACUAUUAGAGGUGACAUUCAGCUCUCUCUCUCUCUCUCUCCAAAUUGUGCAAGAAGAGUGCUUUUCAUCAGCACCCACUGUGCACACGCCUCAUUGCUGGCCACUUUACAGCCCCGUAACACAAACCAAGCCUGCUCUCUCUUUCUCUGUUUCUCUUUCUCUCUGCUAUCUGCUCAACUCUCAGUUUCAGUCAUUUUCAGUUUGCUCCUGGGUUAUCUAAUGUGUGUAUAGAGAGAGAAAAAGAGCGGGGGGAGGGAGAGGGUAGAGGGGGGAGAGAACAGAGAGCGAGAGAAAGCGAGAUAGAGAAAAGAGAGAGAGGUACAUACAGGAAUAGCACAUCAGGAUGUGGUUAGCCCAUUCAGCCUGUCAUUGUGAACUUAUCUAUGUAAGCUCUGACUGCGUCCCCUCUCUCUCUCUCCCUCUCUCUCUCUCUCUCUCGCUCUCUAUUUGUUCUCUUAUCUCCACAAGACUCCAGUCCUCUAACCUCUUAACCAAAUCUCAGCCAUGUGAACCCAAUUCCUUUCCCCCGGGAGAGACGGUUAUCAUCAGGGCCUCAGAUAUUUCAGCAAAGAUUGUGGAGACAGAUAAAAAACCCUUAUGUUUGUUUUCUUAUGAAACUAGAGUCCACCAUUAGACUGCAUCCCUAUAUGAACCUGUUGUUUCCACAAAGCCUACAGUACACACAUCUUUGCAAAGCCCUUUUCAGAAGUCAAUUAGUGAUUUAUCAAAUGUUUUGUUUUGCAUGCAUGUUUUACAUGCAUUUAUUUAACCUUUAUUUAAUCAGGAAAGUCCCAUUGAGAUAUAGCCUAUAAUCAAUUUUACAAGGGAGACCUGGCCAAGGAAGCAGCAGCAAAUACAACAUUACAACAUUAAAGUAUACAAUACAAACAGCACAAUGGAUACACAUGACAACAUCAUGAGCUGAUCCGGCUAACUGGAAACAUUUACACGCCUCCUGAACAGCGCAAGCUCUGUUAUUUGGCUCCUGUCCUGUCAAGCAACUGUCAUGAAGACAGUCUUGUCACCUAAGCCUUGUGGCUGGGUGUCAUAGGAGCUGAAAGUGGCGUUGUCUCGUUGUAUGAGCCGUGUCCAUGCUUCAAGUGCCUGCCACUUCAGUGUCUUGACGAAGGGCACUACUGAUGCUAUACAGUUGUGGUCAAAUAUAUUGGCACCUUUGCACUUUACAAUGGAGUGCAAUGGAACAGAAUGUUCUGUUUUCUCCUUUCAAAACUUGUUAAAUGGCUAUUUUUACCCUUUAGGCACCUGCAAUGUACCUGCAAUGACCUGGACUAAAUUACACAGUAAAAAAUAGUCACUUGGAAUUCAUUUUGAAAGAUUUAGUCCAGGUUAUUUUGAAGUGAAAAAUCGAAAUUUCCAUUUUUAUUUUAUUUCUGGUCCUGCGCAGUUGUAAAUCAAACAUAUACAAAUUUUUUUUUUGCUUAUUGCAGAAGAAAUAGUGAAUCGUGCCAGGGUGCCAAUAUAUUUCACCUCAACUGUAUGACUGUGCUUAUGUGUCUGUACCUAAUGCUUGUCGUUCAAACCAUGACAAUUUGACCAACUUGAAAACUGUCACUGUCUACUGUAUAUCCCUUUCCAGCCUGAGCGGAAUGUUCCAUUUCUUGCUGGACCAUGACCUCUGCGUGCAUUAAUGAGUAUAAUUUGCUGGUGUAAACCCAUAUAUGAAAACAUGAUACAUAUUUCGAAAGCUGAGAAACAGCCCUUUCAAAUGAUAUGACAUACAAUAGCACCCCAUCUUAUACGAAAAUCAAUGCUUUUCUCCAAAACAACUGCCAUUUACACAACUUUCUCAUGAAGAUAGAGAAAAACUAAGAGCAUAUUGAGUCUUCCUUGUUUUGUAAGGUUUGAACUUCGUAAAUCAGAAUAGAAAUACCUUUUACUGUGAACAUUUUACAGUUGUUUUAGUGACCGAUGGUAUUUUUCAAAGAUUCUAUGGAAUGUUCCUUGAUCAGACACUUUCUUAUCUGGAUAGUAUAUUAAACACAAAUCUGCACGAAAACAAAUUACAAAUAGCAUUUAGUCUUACAUAUGAUAAGGAAAGAUAUAAACAAGUAAUAUAAUAAUAUUAAUAAAACAAUAACUUUAUUGAAAGAAUAAGGUUAGGGGAAUACAUUGUCUCAUUCAAACCUGUAAGAAAAGUGUUAUUACCAUUAUAGCCAUAACAUUGUAUACAACAUUCAUCUCAGGGAUAUUGUCAUCAAAAUGUAUCUGGAAUUACAUAAUAUGAUAAGAAUAAGGCAUAUAAUAUAAUAAUUGGCUUUUACAACUUCAAUUUCUUCUGUACAUCCAUUACACUCGGCCUUUAGCCUAUCACGUGAAGAGUCAGAACGGAAACAAUUUAAAAGCCUAACAACAUUUUACAGUCUUUACAAGUCCUUUACAUCUCCAGAUCAUGACUAUCAGACAAAUGUUAGCGUGGUCUUCCAUCAGAUUGUGCCAUAUAGCCAACUCCUAUGUAUAGCCAACUUCUAUGGUAACAUGGCAUGACAACAAUCAUACAAUAGGAUAAACAGAUUCUCUACCAGUCAAUGUUCACCUGCCUGUCAUGUGUGUGUUACUGUGUGUCCUGUUACCCGGGCUUAUCGUUUUGUGCUCACCUAGGCUGGGUGAUUGUCCCUCAGCCCUUUCUGCAGCCUCAGCAGCAUGUUGUCCAGUCUCUCCAGUCCCUGCCUUUCCUUGUCACCGUGGGGACAGCUCCUACAGUGUCCUCCUCACGAAGGUCAGAGAGCUGACCACACUGUCCUACAGAGAAAGAGAGGGAGAGGAUAUUUAAAAACAUAGACGAAAUAUACUGUAUAUAUAUAUAUAUAUAUAUAUAUAUAUAUAUAUAUAUAUAGGCCUAAUAGUACAUAAUAAUAAUAGUAAUAAUAAUGGUCCUCUUCCUCAACAUCCUAAUCUGCUAUGAGCCUGACCUCAUUAGCGCUGUCAGCGGCCUCCUCUUCUGUAGGGACUGCAGUAGGCGUACCUGCCUUUGUCUCCAUCCAUCUCUACCUAUACAAAAUGUAUAACGUGCCUUGUUUCAUAAAUCCAUAACACAUACUAUAAAAACGUUGAUUCACUAAAGGGCUGUAGACUAACCAGAAUGACAUUCUUUGAUUUACACACUUUCACACUUUGCUUGUGUCUAGAUUGGCUCAUCAAUCAUAUGGAUGUGUGGUGGAUGAUCAUGAUGAAUAAGCCAUCAGCUGAUCCGAGACAGUGAUAGUGGACCAGACACAAAAUAUGCCAUCCUAUCUAGCUAAAUUAGCAUUUAGCCAUUUUUGUAAUCUAGCUAGCUAUCUACCUUAGUACAGUAAUAGUACAAUAGUAGAAAUAGAUAUCUGCCAGGCAGGAAAACCAUGUCAGAAAACCUCCUAGACCGAAGUUGGAGCAUAGCUAGCCAUCUUUUACAUGGUAGCUAUAUUCAGAGAUGAUUUUUCUACAAUAUUCACAACAUAUUGACACAAUUACAAUCUUUAUAAAAUAAAAAUCUAAUUUCAUAAAUUACGUGGAAAAACUAAGGUUACUAUGUAACCACAGUUAUGUGAGCUGUUGGAUCACUCCAAUAUGGUAUCCUUCCGCGCGACAGGAUACAUUCCGAGUAAGGAUUUUCAGAUUAGUCCCGUGUACUGGGUAGUGCUUCAGCUGCGGCUGACCCCCUUAAAUAGCUGCCGUCGCACUACUUCCACCUCGUGUCCUUUUUCGAGGCGCCAUAGAUCACAUCGACAAAGAGAAUUGGAGUGAUCCAAUAGCUCACAUAACUGUUGUUACAUACGUAACCUUCGUUAUGAAGCACUAUGUUGGAUCACUCCAAUAUGGUAUCACAAUACCAGAUGAAUCAGUGAACUCAGUCUGGGCCAGACAGAGAGCAAAGUCCCGUAGGAUUGAGCUCAGGGCCGUCAUAGUUGCUGUGUCCCUCCGUCCCCACUCAGGGAAGUGGAGGCAACACCCAGCACAGCUAUACCGACUUCAUUGGUGGGGUCAACAUUGAAUCGAUAAUACCUAGAUCAUGCCCAAUUGGCCAAGGAGCAAAUGUCAUUGAGGGGAACUCCUCGGAGCAGGGCCCACGAUUUAGCUACUCCUCUAGUAGAAUGUGCCAUUACAGCAGAUGGCAGAGGCCGGCUGGCCAGCUGAUUUGCUGUAGUAAUAGUGUCCACAAUCCAAUGUGAGAGUCUUUGUAUCGAUAGGCUCUGGCCCAGAACUCUCUCACCAUUGCAAACCAAUAGUCGAUCAGACGGUCUUAAUUGCCUGUGUCUGCGUAACGUAAGUGUCCAAGGCUCUGACUGGUCACAGCACACUUGGAGAAAAACAACCAGUUCACCGGCAGCUGCGGGAGGGGUGUAUGAGGGCAAAUGUAAGGUCAGACAGGAUUGUCUGCAAGAAUGAGGGUUUUAACACGGAGGGUGACACUCCUUUUGUCUGGACCCAUUCGGAAACAUUCACCGCUCACUGAAAAAAGCAUGAAGUUCACUCACCCUCUUAGUGGAGGUACAGUAAUAGCCAACUCUAGGGGCUCGAGGGUGGAUUUUCAAGCACUGACAGCACCACGUCAAGGUUCCAGCUUUGCACCCUUCAUAAACUUGUAGAGCAAUGGGUAGCCACCCAUGGAUCCCUCCUGGCCUUCGUCAUGGCAUGCAGAGAUAGCGGCUAGAUGCACUCUCAAUGUGGAUGCCGCUCGGCCCGCAUCGAGCAGUGAUUGUGAAAACCGUAAAACUGUUUCCACAUAUGACUCUCACACCAGGUACAGAAUAUGCCCCACCGCAUUCGCUAUGACGCAUUGGUGGUGGAAGCCCUGGCAUGCCGCAACGUGUUCACCACAUUGUCUUGAAGGCCUAGACUGAUGCACUAAUGCCUCUCAGAGGACAAGACCAAAGCUGGAGGCGGUGCGGGUCUGGAUGACACAGUGUCCCCCUAGCCUGAGAGAGCAGGUCGGGCCUCAGUGGCAGCAGCCAUGGGGUUCCCGAGAGGAGAGACAACAGGAGGCUGAACCGUGGUGGUCUCGGUCAAUAUGGAGCUAUCAAGAGCAGCUGGUGGCCCAUCAAGCUGACCCUGUCUAAGGUAGCUGUGAUGAGGGGAAAUGGUUGGAACGCGUAAAGCGUUGUUGCCGGCCAAUCGUGAGUGAGGGCAUUGAGAGCCAGCUGGGAGUGUUUUCCUGAGAUGCAAACAGGUCCACCUAUGCUCUCCCGAAGCUGUAGCACAAACUGAGGGUGUAGAGUCUAGUCUCUAGAGAGAGAGCAUGUCCGCUGCAUUGUUCAGGACCCCGGGGAUAUGUGCUGUUCGCAGCGAUACCAAGUGGGUCUGAGCCCACGGCAAGAGCUCCCGCAGUGUGAUCGCAGUCCUCCCUGGUGAUUGACCUACUCCACUACUGUGGUGUUUUCCGAUCGGACCAGGACAUGCUGUCCUACCAGGUAGGGCUGGGACUGUUGGAGUGCUAGGCGAACCGCCCUGAGCUCCAGCACAUUGAUGUGUUGACCACUCUAUGGGGGCUCCAGCGGUCGCUGGCCUCUAUGCCUCUGAACACUUCACCCCAACCCGUCAGAGAGGCGUCGGUGCUCAACAGCUCUCUGCGUUGGACUCUGAUUAGGCUCACUCCCUUUAACAGGAACGAGUGGGAUAGCCACUUCGAUAUGGUCCAAACAUGCACUCGUCACCAACAGCUGACGGUGUCUGUGUUGUUUUGGCUGCCGGCCGGGGGAGUUCAACCAUCACUAAAGUGGCCUGAGAUGGAGAAUGCCCAGCGGAAUCAGCAGUGAAGCUGCCGUCAGUAGACCGAGUAGCUGUUGCCACUCUAACACUGACACUGUUGAGGUAGGAUAGCAUUGUAUUACUCUCACCUGAGGGAGACGUGCCCUCAUGAGAGUCGAGUCUAUGGACAUCCCGAGAUAAAUCACUUUCUGUGAGGGGGUCAGGUGACUCUUCUCCUUGUUCAGGGUGAGGCCCAGACCUUGAAUGUGGUUCGAGAGGGUUCUUGUGUCCGUUGUGGCCUGCUCCCUGGAUUGGGCACAGACUAGCCAAUCGUCCAGGUAAGGCAGUUACUCGUCCAGUAGAAUGCGCCACCACAGCAAAAGGCAAAGGCCGGCCGUCACGCUGAAAUGCUGAAGUAAGUGUCCACCUUGCAAUGUGAGAGUCUGUUCGGAUAGGCCCUGGCCCAGAACUCUCUCAAUAUAGUCAAUGAAAAACUGAUAAAGCUUUCAUAUUGCCUGUGUCUGUGAAAAGUAAGUGUCCAUUGCCCUAGCUGGGCACAACACACUGGGGGAAGCCCCUAGUUCACCUAUAACAAUGGGAGGGGUGUAUGUGGACAACAGUAAUGGCUGGUUAACAUGUCUGUCAGACAGAACCCUUGGCCAGCAUGAGGGGUUAGGAUGGAGGUCAACACUCCUUUCAUCUGAACUCAUUUGGAAACAUUCAGUCAACUAGGGCGUCAACACUAGAAGACCCUGAGACAUUAGAGGCGACAGAAUUAUAGGGUGGCCGGCAUUAGAAUUGGAGUUCGUAGCCUUCCAUCAUUGUAUUCAGUACCCAUGGGGACUCUACUUGCCUCUCUUUGUUUGGCCCUUCUUAGACGCAGUCCGCUGCCUGUGGGCAGGGACACCUUGCAUUUCUCAAGGCGAAACAAUACUGGAAAUGGUCGUUUCUUUCUGUGGAAAGAAGAGAAGGGUAGGGUAUACCCUGCAGUGUAACAGAAAAAUAUGGCAACCCCAGCUGCACACUGCGUAAGAACAGCAGUGUAAUCGAGCUGUUAUGUGAGUUUCUAAGGAAACUAGGAUAGUUACUGUCUGUACUGUAAAGUAGUUCAACAGAACUAUAGUAAACCCCGCUAUACACUGAAAUCCUCACUGUAAUAUAGCUGAGAUGUGAGUUACUGUCUGUACUGUAAAAUAGUGUAACAGAAAACUAUCACAACGCAGCUACCCACUGUGUGAAAAAACAACAGUGUAAUUUCCGAUGCGAGCGAUCAGGCUGUAAUUUCAAAAAGUAGAUGACUCAACUGUUAACUCAUUUAUACUAGCUUGUGUGUCCUAUUGUCCUUAAGUAGUAAUUUAUAGGGGCGUGUGACAACCAAGAUGACAUUUUCUGUAGGCUACAGCAAUGACCCGUUGGAACCGAAACUUGGCAUGGACAUUUAGCCUACAACACUUUUUAACUUUCGGUCUGGUAGAAGAUUCAGUCAGUGCCAUUAGUGAUAAUAUGAUACAGCACACUGGCUGGCUCGUGUGUGGGUGUGUGUGUGGGUCUGGGAGGAGGGGUGUGUGUGUGGCAAUGCACUGCUGUUUGGCGUGCAGCACAUUGGCAGUGCUUGCUGUGACUUGUAGUGCAGCUCAUCACGGGCUGUAUGGAAGCGGGCCAAAAUGAAUUGACAACCCAAAUCAUUGUGGGGGCCUGAUAGAAAUGUGUCACGGGCUGGAUUCGGCCCGCGGGCCUUGUGUUUGACACGUGAUGUAUGAGGAUUUGCUCCGUUACUGUUCAUUGAAGUAAAUAAAACAAGUUACUGCCCAUAAAAUCCUAAACCAAUUGUAUCUAUUUUUAGCUCAUGUUGUCAUGUGUAAAUAAAAAAUUUCAGAAAUGAAAUUGGUGAUUGGACGGCAGUGUUAUUAAGGAUUUAAACCAUCAUAACUAUUAUAUGAAAUUAGAACACUCCGGCUGGAAAGGGUUAAAUAGCAGAAUUGGUCCCAGAUUUCUUUGUUCUGUUUUGCCAACACUCUUAUGGUUGUUGGUCCAGGCUAAAUCUUAUAGGCAAUGUGACAACACAAUGUGAUGUUUGUUGUUGUGAUGGUUUGUCUCCUUGGAUGACUGAAUCUCCUGGGGAUGCUUUGGCAGUUGCAGUUAGUGUGGUUGUGAUGCAUCUGUCAGUUAGUAUUCUAUCCAUGGAUUGGCUGUCAGUCUGUGGAUUGGCUGUUCUUUCACCCAGGGUGCACCUGGCAGUCUCUGGGUCUUGUUGUUUGUUGACUUGACCUGUGACAGUUACUGUGAUCCUCCUCACGCCUCACUAGUCUCACUGAGCCAGCCAGCCUCAACAGCUGGGACCAUCAACUUGUUUUUCAGUUUAGUAAGAUAUCCCCAGUGAGCUAAAUCGGUUGAAAGACGACCUUUCAACAUAUUUUUUACGUCUUUGCAACCAAGACGUAUUUUCAACGUCUUAUCAAUGUCUUGUGCUCAUAGGUAUGAUGCUGUUGUUGUUGUUGGAGAACAGUUCAGUUCAUCAAGAUUUUAAUCUGUUGGACCACCUUUGGAGCAUGAUUUUCUUAUCCGAAAAUAAAAAAUGGCCUGUAACACAAUGGGCCUAAAAGGUGACUGAAAAUUGUGUUGUAUGAUGCAAGGAACCACUUCACAAAACAAUAUUCACUAUUAUCACUGGUAUUGACAAUGGAAGGCUGAUGGUCUCUGAUCCCAUGUAUUAUAUAUCCUGCUGCUGUGGCCUUGAGCAAGGCACUUAACCCCCCACAAAGUAAAAUACUGCACUGAUAGGCUACUGUAUAAAACGUGGUCCGUCAACCCUCCAUCUGGAGAGCUACUGGGUUUGCAGGCUUUUGGUCCAACCCUGAUCAAACACAUCAGAGUCAGCUUAUCAAGGUCCUGUUGUGCAGCUGAUAUUUCACAAUAUGGUGUGUUCGAGCAGGGCUGGAGCAAAAGCCUGCACACCCAGUAACUCUCCUGGAUUCUCCUGGAGGAUGGUUGGCCACCCCGCAACAUUACAAUUACAACCAAAUACUUUAUAAAAUAAUUCCCUCGUUCAUUGAACCAGGGAUCAAAUGGCUAAGGUGGGCGGGGUAGCUAACUAAGAUCUAUCUGUAAGGCUAAAAUAUUCAGUGUACAGGGGAGAUCUUGACAGCAUAGGAGUUACUUGUCAAUUAGGUUAUUCUAAGAAUAUUUCUUUACUUUGUCAGAAUUGCAUGACCAGUAUUGAAUAGAGGAGAAUCCAAACCAAUUUUGAGUGCUUGAGAGAUGGUUUUACAACCGGAGUAUGCAGACAGUAACGGUGUGUGGGUAAAAUCACUGGGGAAGCCAAGCCAGAAAAAAAGCCACAUUACAACCUAUGUGUUGUGAUAAUUGCGUUGUUUGCUCUAUAACCUGUUAGUUCAUAUGCCUUGCGACCGUGAUAUAUAGGCCUUAAGCCGAGACAAUAAGAAGACACAGUGGCAGAAUAAAUUAAUCACACCUUUUGUUUCAUCACAAAACCGGAGAGCAACCUCUGUCAGGUAAAGUCUACAAAGCAUAUUGCGUGUAACAAAGAGUUACAUGUCCUACAGCAUGGUCAACCAAGUUAAUGUUUCUAACAUUUUCAGACUACUAAACAACUAUUGAUUUAGAACCACAGAGACUUACCACAAGUCACAAAGAAAACAGGAGCUGCCUCCACUAUUCCAGCACCAUUUCAACUUCAACAUUUCAACAUCAUCAAAUCACCUAUCCUUAGUGACAACUAUAAGAUACCAAAAACAAUUUAGUCCAAUCAAGGUAAGCUAAAUAUGAUGUGGCUGUCCAUGGUUCUGAUUUGUUUGUGUGUGUGCAUGCGUUUGUGCAAGUAGAAAAAACAUGUUGACUCACCCUACUUGUAGAGAGACGCCAAUGCCAUCCUCCUCGCUUUCAUGUUGACGAAACGAUUUAUGACUUAAAUUUUUUGUUGUCCUACCUGGCUAAAACGUUGCUACCUGGCUAAAAUGCUUGCUCACUAGCCUAACUUCCUAUCAUGGGCAACGUUAGCUAGUUAACACUAGCCUUUUACAUCUAGCUACAUAUUGAACAUCCAUCCUCUCAGGUCAGGGGCACAAUGUAGGAAUUUAUGGGUGGAUCAGAAUCGCCAUUAUAAUCAUUGGCCAGUACGGAGAAUUAAGUAAAACCACAAGUCCAAAUCUCUAUCUCCAUCCAUGGCUAAUUUAGGAAAGGGACAAUUUUAGCUAACAACACAACGAAAUGCAACAAUUCAAGUCAUUUCUGUCAAUGACAUAUUGCUCUCGAUUGGAUGUGAUUGUAGUGAAGCCAAAUUCAAACUGGCUUCCCAUGACACUUUUUUUUGGUGCGCCAGGACCAUUCACAGAUGACCUCACUCAGUUUAGCUCAAUGCUGAUUGGCUAUUAUUUUAUACUUUUUUUUUAUCAAGGGAGGCCAAAUGCUCACUGGCUAUCCUUGCAUUCAAUGCUACGGGUGUCAACAAUGUCAUACUCUUUUUGACCAGACAGCAUCAGAUAGAUGGCCUACACACAGAGACAGAGGGGCGCUGUUUCGCUCGCUCGGAUGCUUUCUCCGGUGAGAUACAUUCAGCCUCUUGCGAAUUGAAGGAAAAUUAUGAAACAGAGAGACGAAAGAUACAUUAUUUUACAUCUUUUAGAUAAGGUUGGUAGCAACAUUGGGCGGCAGGUAGCUUAGUGGUUAAGAGCGUUGUGCCAGUAACCGAAAGGUCGCUGGUUCUAAUCCCCGAGCCGACUAGGUGAAAAAUCUGUAGAUGUGCCCUUGAGCAAGGCACUUAACCCUAAUUGCUCCUGUAAGUCGCUCUGGAUAAGAGCGUCCGCUAAAUGACCUAAAAAAAAAACAUGGAAAAUCGUUGUGGAAAACUUUUGCAGCUCAAGUCGACUACAAAAUCGACAAUGCAAUGCUCUUUCUAUGGGCUGGCUGGUUGUUUAGCCAACAUAGCUACACACAAUAAUACCAAAGUCAAUAUCAGCAUGUGAAGCAGCUAGUUAGCUGUAAAAUCAUCUAAACAAACUGCACUAUCAAUUUAGGAGUCUACAAUCUCACAAUGUUCAACCUGCAGAUCGAUGUGCCUCACAGAGUGAAGUGUAACAUUCGCAACAGCAGAUAUACAGUGGGGAAAAAAAGUAUUUAGUCAGCCACCAAUUGUGCAAGUUCUCCCACUUAAAAAGAUGAGAGAGGCCUGUAAUUUUCAUCAUAGGUACACGUCUACUAUGACAGACAAAAUGAAAAGAAAAGAAAAUCACAUUGUAGGAUUUUUUAUGAAUUUAUUUGCAAAUUAUGGUGGAAAAUAAGUAUUUGGUCAAUAACAAAAGUUUCUCAAUACUUUGUUAUAUACCCUUUGUUGGCAAUGACACAGGUCAAACGUUUUCUGUAAGUCUUCACAAGGUUUUCACACACUGUUGCUGGUAUUUUGGCCCAUUCCUCCAUGCAGAUCUCCUCUAGAGCAGCGAUGUUUUGGGGCUGUCGCUGGGCAACACAGACUUUCAACUCCCUCCAAAGAUUUUCUAUGGGGUUGAGAUCUGGAGACUGGCUAGGCCACUCCAGGACCUUGAAAUGCUUCUUACGAAGCCACUCCUUCGUUGCCCGGGCGGUGUGUUUGGGAUCAUUGUCAUGCUGAAAGACCCAGCCACGUUUCAUCUUCAAUGCCCUUGCUGAUGGAAGGAGGUUUUCACUCAAAAUCUCACGAUACAUGGCCCCAUUCAUUCUUUCCUUUACACGGAUCAGUCGUCCUGGUCCCUUUGCAGAAAAACAGCCCCAAAGCAUGAUGUUUCCACCCCCAUCUUGCGUGGAGCCCCAGAUCGAGGGAGAUUAUCAGUGGUCUUGUAUGUCUUCCAUUUCCUUACAAAAAAAACCCUCAUCUUCUAAAAAGGGUUCUUCAGAUGAAAAUGGUUCUUGAUAGAACCCUAUCCCUCCACAAAGAACCCUUUUGGAACCAUUUUUUCUAAGAGUGCAUAGAUACAGAUAUAGUGCCUUCAGAAAGUAUUCACACCCCUUGAACUUUUGCAAAUGUAGUUGUGUUACAAAGUGGGAUUAAAAUGGAUUUAAUUGUCAUUCUUGGUCAACGAUCUACACAAAAUACUCUGUAAUGUCAACGUUUUAACAUUGGUCAACAGUGGGUCAAUACACCUUUGGCAGCGAUUACAGCUUUAAGUCUUUCUGGGUAAAUCUCUUAAGAGCUUUCCACAGCUGGAUUGUGCAACAUUUGCCCAUUAUUCUUUUCAGAGUUCUUCAAGCUCUGUCAAAUUGGUUUUUGAUCAUUGCUAGACAACCAUUUUCAGGUCUUGAACUAGAUUUUCAAGCAGAUUUAAAUCAAAAUUGUAACUCGGCCACUCAGAAACAUUCACUGUCUUCAUGGUAAGCAACUCCAGUGUAAAUUUCGCAUUGUCUUUUAGGUUAUUGUCCUGCUCAAAGGUGAAUUCAUCUCCCACUGUCUGAUGGAAAACAGACUGAACCAGGUUUUUCUCUAGGAUUUUGCCUGUGCUUAGCUCCAUUGCGUUUCUUUUUUAUUCUGAAAAACUCCCCAGUCCUUAACAAUUACAAACAUACCCAUAAAAUGGGCAGCAGGUAGCUUAGUGGUUAAGAGCGUUGUGCCAGUAACCGAAAGGUUGCUGGUUCUAAUCCCCGAGCCGACUAGGUGAAAAAUCUGUCGAUGUGCCCUUGAGCAAGGCACUUAACCCUAAUUGCUCCUGUAAGUUGCUCUGGAUAAGAGUGUCUGCUAAAUGACUAAAAAUGUAAAUGACAUGAUGCAUCCACCACUAUGCUUGAAAAUAUGGAUAGUGGUACUCAGUAAUGUAUUGAAUUUGCCCCAAACAUAACACUUUUUAUUCAGGACAAAAUGUGAAUUGCUUUGCCACAUUUUUGCAGUAUUACUUUAGUGCCUUGUUGCAAACAGGAUGCAUGUUUUGUAAUAUUUUUAUUCUGUCAACUAGGUUAGUAUUGUGGAGUAACUACAAUGUUGUUGAUCCAUCCUUAGUUUUCUCCAAUCACAGCCAUUAAACUCUGUAACAAUUUUAAAGUCACCAUUGGCCUCAUGGUGAAAUCCCUGAGCAGUUUCCUUCCUCUUCGGCAACUGAGUUAGGAAGGACACCUGUUUCUUUGUAGUGACUGGGUGUAUUGAUACACCUUCAAAAGUGUUAUUAAUAACUUCACCAUGCUCAAAGGGAUAUUCAAUGUCUGCUUUUGUUUUACCUAUCUACCAAUAGAUGCCCUUCUUUGCGAGGCAUUGGAAAACCUCCCUGGUCUUUGUGGUUGAAUCUGUGUUUGACAAUCACUGCUCGACUCCUGAACUUAUUUAGGCUUGCCAUAACGAAGUGGUUGAAUACUUAUUAACUCAAGAAAUGUCUGCCUUUCAUUUUUAAUAUUAAAAACAAAUAAAUGAACACUUUGACAUUAUGGGGUAUUGUGUAUAGGCCAGUGACAACAAAUAUCAAUUGAAUCUAUUUAAAAUUCAGGCUGUAACACAACAAAAUGUGGAAAAAGUAAAGGGUGUGAAUACUUGUUGAAGGCACUGUAGAUACAGAAGAACAGAUCCGCUCAUACCCAGAAAACACCAGAAGGUUCUGUCUGUAGGGGAACACAGAUCUAAAGGAUUGGCGUUCACACUAUAAUUUAUCUAAUCUCCCAUAUCUAACUCUCAGUCUGCCACGUUGGCUCUAGUACUGUUUUGAACACGGGUUGCCUCAAAUGACUCACAGGGUAUUUUUUGGGGGAGGUUUGACAUUUCAGGGUAUUGUGUCUGAAGAGGACGGGACAACCCCAACCCAGAGUCAAUGAUGUUGUGAAGGCCUCCUCUGCUGUGUCCUGUGGAGCGAGGCGAGACCUGUCUCCGUUUAGGGAUUAGCCCCCCAGAGGAGUGGCCAUCACUCCUUGGACCCCCCAUGGCUGCCACAUUCACCAUUGUGUAUGUGUUUUUCUCUGUGAUUUGGAUGAUUAGAAGAUAUAACUGCCAACUCUCUCUCUCUCUCUCUCUCUCUCUCUCUCUCUCUCUCUCUCUCUCUCGGUCUCUCGCUCUCUCGAUUCUCAGGGCCUUUUCAAAUGACUCACGUCCUGUGUUUCAUGUUUUACUGUGUGUAUGAGUGAAAGAGGGAGAGAGAUAGAGAUGGAGAGAGAGACAAAGAGAGAGAAAAAGAGAGAGAGGGAGGAAGAGAGAGUGGAAGAGAUACAGUACUGUCAGUAAGAGGGGAAAACAUCACUUGGUAGGCACCAGGCCAGGGUGUUGAAGGAAGUUCUAGCACAAGUAAACACAGACAGAGUCGGUGUGACAAGACCCUCGUCUAUAGAGUAUAAUGUAGCAACAAUAAUACAAUAGUUACACUAGUAUUACACUAGUCGUAGUGUUUCUUGUUGUGCUGUUUCAUCCUGUUUGUUUACUACAAACCCUACUCCUGUGGUCCUCUCUCUCAUUCUUUCUCUUAUCUUACUCUCUCUCUCUCUCCUCUCUCUCUCUCUCUCUCUCUCUCUCUCUCUCUCUCUCUCUCUCUCUCUCUCUCUCUCUCUCUCUCUCUCUCUCUCACUCACUCUCUCUUUUUCUCUCCUGUGUUGUGGUGCUGACUGGGCCGGGCAGGCUGCCCAGCAGUACAGUAGGCUUGCCUGGACGUGCUUCAGCUCUGGGAGUCUUUUCUUAAUGGAGCCCCAGCCCACAGCUAGCCGUGGAGCAGAGCACACGCACGCACACACUUACGCAUGCACACACACACACACACACACACACACACACACACACACACACACAAGGAAGAGUCAGGCUCAGAAGGGGGUUAAGUUUGAGUGUUUCAGUGAGUCACUCAGACGCCAGACGGCCCGAGCCAGUCGAACUAGCGAGUCACGUCUGAGGCCUCCCUCACCCCUCUUCCCAUCCCCCCUCUCCUCCUUCUCCUGUUCAAGCCUGUUUGCUGUCUGUCAGCGCCCGCCGAGGAGCUCUGCUCUGCUCUGUUCUCAGCUCACUCUGAACUCAUCGACCCCGGCCCACUCUCACCGGCAAACCAUUCCCCCCUCCCUCCCUCUGCCUCCCUCCCUCCCUGUCCGUGCCUCGAACCCUGCAACCUCCCUCUCCCUUACACACUCUCUCUCUAACACACACACGUCCCCAGGCUCCCUGUCUUCCCCCUAGAACCAGGCUUUUCUACCUACAGUGCCUUCCGAAAGUAUUCAUACCCCUUGACUUAUUCAAAAUGUUGUUGUGUUACAGCCUGAAUUAAAAAUUGAUUAAAUCGUUUUUUUUUCUCUCACCCAUCUACACACAAUAUAUCAUAAUAACAAAGUGAAAACAUGUUUUUAGGAAUUUCUGCAAAUUUAUUGAAAAUUAAAUACAGAAAUAUCUAAUUUACUUAAGUAUUCACACCCGAGUCAAUACUUUGUAUAAGCACCUUGGGGGCGAUUACAGCUUUGAGUCAUCUUGGGUAUGUCUCUAUCAGCUUUGCGUAUCUGGAUUUGGGGAUUUUCUUCCAUUACUCCUUGCAGAUUUCCUUAAGCUAUGUUAAGUUAGAUGGGGAGCGGCAAUGAACAGCAAUCUUCAAGUCUUUCCAAAGAUUUUAAAUGGGAUUCAAGUCUGGGCUUUGGCUGGGCCACUCAAGGACUUUAACAUUCUUAUUCUGAAGCUAUUCCAGUGUUGCUUUGUCUGUAUACUUGGGGUCAUUGUCCUGUUGGACUGUAAAUCUUUGCCCCAGUCUAAGGUCAUUUGCGCUCUGAAGCAGGUUCUCAUCAAGGAUUUGCCUGUAUUUGGCUCCAUUCAUUGUUCUCUCUAUCCUUACCAGUCUUCCAGUCCCUGCCGCUGAAAAGCAUCCACAUAGCAUGAUGCUGCCACCACCAUGCUUCACAGUAGGGAUGGUGUUAGCCUGGUGAUGAGCUGUGUCUGGUUUUCUUUGCAUUCAGGCCAAAGAGUUAAAUUUUUGCCUCAUCAGACCACAGAAACUUUUGUCUUGUGCGCUCAAAGUCUUUAACGUGCCUUUUUGCAAACUCCAGGGGUGCUGUCAUGUUGCUCUUUCUCAGGAGUUGCUUCCAUCUGGCCACUCUCCCAUAAAGCCCAGAUUGGUGAAAUGCUGUAAAGACUGUUAUCCUUCUGGCAGGUUCUCCCAUCUCAGCCAAGGAACUCUGUAGUUCUGUCAGAGUGGUCAUUGGGUUCUUGGUCACCUCCCUGACCAAGGUCCUUCUUUUCCGGUUGCUACGUUUGGUCGGACGGACAGCUCUAGGCAGAGUCUGGGUAGUUUUUUCCAUUUCUCAAUGAUGGAGACCACUGUGCUCUUGGAAACUUUCAACACUCUAGAAAUUGUUUUAUACCUUUCCCCAAAUAUAUGCCUCAUCACAAUGCUAACUCAGAGAUCUAUGGACAGUUCCUUGGACGUCAUGGUAGUUUCUGCUCUGACAUGCAUUGUCAACUGUGGGACCUUAUAUAGACAGGUGUGUUUCUUUCUAAAUCAUGUCCAAACAAUUGGCCACAGGUGGACUCCAAUCAAAAUGUAGUGACAUCUCAAGGAUGAUGAAAGGAAAUUGGAUGCACCUGGGGGGGUGCAACUCAAUAUUAAGAAGGUGUUCCUAAUGUUUUGUCCACUCAGUGUAUAGUGUAGAGAAUCAUUGUACCAUCAAAACCGCAGUGAAAUAUAUUUUCCAUAACCAAAAAUAUUGUUUUUUCAGCUGUUUGAAGCUGGUGUACAAAACCUAAAGUAAAAGACGCAAGAAUGAAACUUAAGAUCGGGAAGCGAUAGAACAGAUCCACAGUUUCUUAGACUUGCUUUCAAUGAGAAUGACAGAUCUAUAAUUUACUCAAAAAGAAAAGGCACACCGGGAAAUAUGCAAAUGAGGCUUUACACCAUACAGUGUUAAAACAACACCCAAAAAUGAUUUACUGUAAAACUACAGGUUUUAAUUUAUUACACUGAAAAGUGUAAGUGAGUCAGCACUAAGCAAAGUGAGUCCAGUUUACUCUAAAUCAAGUGUUAUGUUUUACACUGUAGGUGUUGCAUAUUACUCUACAGUAGAGCUUUGCAAACACCACAAUCGAGUUCAUUUGAACACUUUAAGAGGAAAAUGGGGAACACUGCAAUAGAGUUAAAUAUUGAACAAUUUCAAAAGUGUUAUUUUAACACCAGUACAGUGGGACUCAUAUGUUCACUGACAAUAGUGUACAUUUUACUUUCACAGUUAAAUAUACACCAUUGAUUUCACUGUGUGUGAAUGUCUCCUUUGCUGUGUGAAUGUGUCUCAAGGGGCAGCAGUCUUCUCAGGAGGACUGACUGAGUCGUGACCCUGCUGGAUCAAGUGGUCGGAUGCUGACCCUGCUGACCUCUCUCCGUUGUUCCUUUUCUUUCCCUUUCUCCUCCCUUAUCCCUUUUCUUUCCCAUCCUCCGCCCUCAGUCCUUUGACAAGUCUUCCUGCCUGAAACAGGAAGUGGCACACAUGAAACUUAGGGGCUAA